UGAAUAAUCGUGUUAAAUAAACAGAUGUUCUUGUACUCGACUAACUAGUUAUAAACAAGAUAUUUGCUGCUCCGUGGUCAGUGAUCAAGGAGCUUUUGUUACGAGAUGUUACCUCCGGUUGCCGUUUUUGUGCUUUUAUUUCAGGUGGCAUGUGCUGUAAUAGCACCAGUCAUCGAAUUGAAUGAUGGCAACACGAUUCCUGUAGUGGCUCUGGGAACCGGUCGAGGUACAGCUAAGGAGUCAGAGUCAGUAGACGAAGUCCGGCAAGCGGUUUAUUGGGCCAUUAAGGCGGGAUAUAGGCACAUAGAUACGGCUGCAAUAUAUUUUGACGAAGAGCAGGUUGGCCAAGGCAUUGCGCAGGCGAUUGCUGACAAACUCGUUAGCAGAGGAGACCUUUUCAUUACCACAAAGUUAUGGAAUGACAAACAUCGUGAAGAGCAAGUGGUCCCAGCUGUAAAGGAUUCUCUGAAGAAACUCGGCUUGGAUUACGUUGACUUAUACCUCAUUCAUUUCCCAGUCGCCACUAAAGCAGAUGGCUCUCCAGACAACGUCGAUUUCACAGAAACAUGGAAGGGUAUGGAGCAGGCAAAAAGCCUUGGUCUCACGCGUUCAAUUGGAGUGUCAAACUUCAAUAUGUCACAAAUAGACAGACUUCUAUCAACUGCAAAAAUCUGGCCAGCAGUUAAUGAAAUUGAGGUUAACCCAACGCUUACUCAAGAGCAUUUUAUUAGCUACCUCCAAAGUAAGGGUAUAGUGCCAAUGGGCUACAGUCCAUUUGGCUUUCUAGUCUCCAGAAAGACGGAAUCCGCACCACCUCCAAGGGCCGACGACCCAGCAUUGGUUAAAAUGGCUCAAAAGUAUGGCAAGAAGACCUCGCAGAUCGUACUUCGAUACUUGAUCGACAGAAGCAUAAUCCCAAUUCCGAAAUCCACAAACGAAAACCGCAUUGCUCAGAACAUCGAUUUGUUCGAUUUCAGCUUAACAAAGGAUGAAAUAGCUACAAUUAACCGUUUCAAUAAAAAUAUUCGCGUCAUAAACCCCGUUGAUUGGAAGGAUUAUCCUAACUAUCCCUUUGUAGACUAUUGAUAAUGUUUAAAUGAAUUAUUGUUCGAUAUAUCAACGUAAACUAAAACUUACUUUUCUUUCAUUCAUAUAAAGCACCAUUAAAAUACUGGUAAAACUUAACGCUUAUAGAAAUUUAAUAUAUAUGUUGCUUUGUAUUAUUGGGUUGAAAUUAUGUUAAAUAGUUUAUCAUCUAAAGAGGAAAAUAAACCUUAAGCUAAUGUACAAAUUUUGAAUGUUGAUUAGGCGGGACUAUUAAAAAGUAUCUAAUACUAUGCUUAAUAACAGGAAAUUUUUGAAUACACUAAAAAAUACUUGGAUAUUAUAGUAAAAAAGUAUCUGUGUUA